AAUCACUCACGCACGCCUCCCUGCUCCGCGCGUGCAAGGGACCGCGAAACAUGGCGUCGGAUGACUGUUGCCGCGCCGACUGACGAUGACUGGAUGACCUCGUGCCUCGGACUGCAUCAACGGUGAUCGAAAUGCACAUUACUGCGAGCCGAUGCAACCGACCGACGCCAGCAGCAGCAAUCUAGGAGAGCUACGACGGACGCUGCUACCGAACAGGAAGGUUGCUCAGGCUCUGCUGCAGCAUGGAAAGCGUAUAUGAUGGCCUGGCUGGCCACCUCGAUGAGCUGAAGGCCAUUGCCGACAAGAUGCCUUCCAUUCGCACUGCCUCGCGAGUGGCGCUCUCCGGUGUUGCUGCUGCUCAGUCUGUGCUGGGCUUUAUGCAGAGUCCAGUGGAGAGACAAGAUGUGUUUGCAGCUUCCGCCACUUGCAACAACCCGCAGCUCUCGUGCCAGAAUACCACAGCACAGAAUGAUCUUUGCUGUUUCAAUUCUCCAGGCGGCGCUCUGCUCUUGACACAGUUUUGGGAUACGGAUCCGGUUGUUGGGCCUGCUGAUAGUUGGACUAUCCAUGGACUAUGGCCUGACAACUGCGAUGGCACAUAUGAAGCCAACUGCGAUGAUCGUCGCGCUUACACCAACAUUACGCAGAUCUUGCAAGCAGCUGGAAAGCAGGAUCUGGUUGAUUACAUGAACACCUACUGGCAAAGCAACUCAGGAUCUGCCGAGACAUUCUGGGAGCAUGAGUGGGGAAAGCAUGGCACCUGCAUCUCUACACUAGAACCGGAUUGCUACACCGACUACAAACCAACUGAAGAAGUCCCAGAGUUCUUCCAAAAAGUGGUCGAUGUUUUCAAGACUCUGCCUACCUACCAAUGGCUUGGAGAUGCUGGCGUCACACCCUCAACAAGCGCCACAUACAGCCUAUCACAAAUCCAGCAAGCACUCGCCAAAAGCCACGGUGGCAAAACGCCAUACAUUGGCUGCCGAUCUGGAGCUGUCAACGAAGUCUGGUACUUCUACAACAUCCGGGGCUCAGUCCAGACUGGCGAGUUUGUUCCCAUCGAUACUCUCACCAAGUCCAACUGCCCGAGCAGUGGUAUCAAGUACAAGCUGAAGGGAGGAAGUGGAGGCUCGCCUACUUCGACUACAACCGGUGGAGGAACCCAGCCCACCUCAUCUCCCGGUACUCCUUUUGCGGGCUCGGGAUUUCUCAACGUCGUCACUGGAGGCAGCCAAAAAGGUUGCAUCAUCUCUGCUGGAACUUGGUUCACAAGUGGCACAUGCGCGACCUUCACAGCUGCAGCUUCAGGAGAUGGGUUUACUCUGAAGUCAUCGAAGGGAAGCUGCGGCAUCUCGUCGGGAGUCUUCAGCUGUGGAUCAGGCGUGCCGAGCACCAUAUUCACUGCAGAUGGGAACACCUUGCAAGCAAGCGGAUCUGGUGACUUCUCGGCGGAUUCUGUGCCUAGCGGGAGCACGCAAGUGAAGGUGUAUACCGGCACAGAUCACUCUGUGGAUGUGACGAUACAGUGGCAGGGGAAGUAGAGAAUCGCUGCAUAGAACUAAUUGACAGACCAUGCCUUUGGGUACAUCUGAGAAGCUAGAAUCUUGUAUCACAAUGGUUCGCCAAUCCUGCCGCCGGAUUCGCUGAUGAGGACCUCUUGACGACCUCCUUCAGGUCGAGGCCGC